UAUGUUGGAGAUGUCUUUUCUUAGUUUUGUUCAAUAAGUGUUUAGGUGAAAAUUUUUAUGUGGCAAAAUACUUUUGUAAGGUAGCAGUGUCUUGAAUAGAUAAUUCAGGAUUAAUAGGAAAAGUUUGGAGCGGCCCGGUGAAGCCGGACGCUGGUGAGCCGCCGACGAUGACCCCCAGGACCGGCCGACAGGCGCCAGCACCAGCGGCACUUCGGUAUGGAGUGGGGUGCAGGUUGCCGCCAGCGCUGCCCCCCGUAGCCGGAUUGUUCAACUAACCUGCGCACAGCAGCACAGAGUAGCGCAAUUUGCCAUCAAAAAUCAGUCAGUAAAUCACAAAAAAACGUUCCCUAAUUUUGAGCCCAAUGGCAAGACUAGAAAAUUGGACUUGAGCCAAGAGAACAGACAUGCCAUUUGUUUGUUGAUGAUGAUGGCUGAUCUUCACUUUACAGACACGUGAGGGGACACUGCAGUUUGUCCCUAGCAUAGUCGUCCACAACGGCUCGAACAGUGCCCCGGGAAGCCCGGUCAUGGAGAGAAGCCUGCGGGCUCAGCGCACUCUCUCCAAACAGGCAGAAAUUGAAGAAAACGACGAGGACGAAGCCGUGCCGCCAAUGACGGUGUGUUCCGUGGCCAGCUCCUGCCACUGCCAGUCGGAGGACGGCGGCGCCUGCCAGGCGGGCGCGGGCGCCCAGGACAAGCCAGUCCCCCGGGAGGAGAGCCAGAAGCCGGCUGCCGUCAAGCAGGAUGGCGUGGGCUCGGAGGACAAGGCCCCCCUCCCGUCCAGGGUUAGGUCCCACUCGAAAGUGAAGCUGCUGGUUCGGAGCCACGCGAUGCGGGAAGAAACGUCGUCGCCGCCGCCGGACCCGGAGGUGCACCACACGGCCCCCCCUCCCCCGCCCGGCAACAGCCUGUCCGUUUCGCGCGGCAACGCCCGCCACAAGCUGCGGCACCAGGGGUCCUCGCAAGGCAGCGUGGACAGCAGCUCGCCGUGCCUGUCGCGAGACAGCAGCACGGAGCAGUACACUGACAGCACUGGCAUCGACCUGCACCAGUUCAUCUUGGAGACUCUGAACAGGAACUACAAGGACCGCAGCUUGCUGCUCAAGAUCGAGCAAGAGCUCGUCAGUCUGGCCAAGGACUCCAAGCGUAGUCACCAGAAAUUUCCCCAGAUGUCAUCCUACCAGCGCAUGCUGGUCCAUCGCGUGGCGGCCUACUUCGGCAUGGACCACAACGUCGACCAGACAGGAAACGCAGUGGUCGUGAACAGAACAAAGAGCACCCGGCUCCCAGAUGUUCGCUUCCGAGAGUUGAUUCGGGAUGAGCUGCUCUUCCCGGAGGAACCGAGGAGGUCCAUCUUGAAGAGGGACUCCUCAUCCUUUGAGGAUGGCUGUAACUACAAAUCACCCGAGAGGCAAUUUAGCUCCGAUUCACACCGCAGUAAAAGUUUCGAAGAACGCGAGGAGGAAUACGAAAAAGCAAGGAAAAGGAUAUUUAACCGCGAUGACGGCAGCGGGGAGAUGUACUCACUGCACAGCAGCCAGGAGGACCUGCGUUGGUCCGGGGACACGCAGCCGUGGAGCAGCUCGGAGAGCGACAACUACGGCCGUCUCCGUCCGGGCGGGGUCCACCGUGUGGACGACGGCCAGCAGCUCAGGCCUUCCCGUUUAUUGAAGGUGGAGUCGUUCGAAGGUCGUGAAAUUCUCAAAGCCAACUCAAUGCGAAACGCUGUAGCCAAAUCGUACAGUUUCGGAGGUUAUCCCGUUUCUGUUUUGUCACGUGGGGACAGUUGCACCAGUACGCAUAGCGCAGGCGCUAGGCUACUUACGAAACAAGACUCUGGCAGCAGCAUGUCCUCCAGACUCAGUCCCUCCAGCUCCGGCUACAAGUCGCAGUCGCAGCGCUCGGACACCAUGUCCGCGACGCCUUCGCCCACCGCCACCCCGGUCUCCCAGCUCAGCCUGUCUGGGCCUGCCAACUCCCAGGUGGUCCCGGGCACGGUGUCCCCGCAACACGCCCCGAGCCAGGCCGUGAUGUGGGCCGUGACGAGCAUGGCGGCGGUGCCCCCGGGGAGCAUCCUCAUCAACCCGGACACUGGCCAGCCGUACCUCAACUCGGACGGCACCGUGUACCACUACGACCCCGCCAACCCGCCCAAGGUGCUGGCGGAGGAGCAGAGUCCCCCCCCUGCCUCCCCGCCUCACCAGUCCACCAAAGUGAACUCAGCAACGUCCCCAUCCAUGUCUCCUACGAAAGUGGCAGCACCUUCGCAGGUGACCACAGCCACCUCCCCUUCCCUGCCCGCCGCUCGUCCCCCCUCCCCCCUGCCACGGCCGGCGUGCCAGACGUUCAGUCACCCCCAGGAGAGCAGCCAGCAGCCGCCAGAGAUGACCUUCGCUUCCUUUCAGCACGGCGGCCAGCCAAUCAUGUACGCUGCGUACAACGUCACGCCUGCCUACGAACAGAGGCACCCGGAUGGCGGCGGCGUGGCGAUGUCUGACCUGAGCGGCUACUUCAUGGGACUGAGCAUGCUGGACCAGCGAGGGGGUGGCGACGGGCCACCGUCGCUGUCGUCCGUGCCCUACCACCCCCAGCCCCCCACUCCCACCGCAGCUCCUGCGUACUGGCAGCCCACCCCCGCCCACCAGUCUAGUCUGCCCCCGUCGCAAGGACCACAGCAGCCAGUUCCUAUGUACUUCGUUCCCCCUCCACCGCCGCCGCUCGUGAACGCGUCGCCGCCCCAGCAGCAGAACGGGGGCUCCUCUUCGGCCCCGAGCACCCCACGCUACGUGACGGCCCCGUCGUUGUCUGCGUUCCAGCAGGUGCCGUCCAAUGGCUCAGCAGUCUGCCACCCUGCUGGCCAGCCACAUCACCAGGACCGCAGUCACGGGGGGAGCUACGUGCCGAGCUACCCAGUGGCAGGCCACCUACCUUCGGCACCAGGCGGCGGUGGGGACUGUGUACCGUACUACCCUCAGUCAUCCAUCCACAUGCUUUACACCCCAACCAGCAUGAAUGUUGGCACGACUCCCAGCACUGCGAACCCGGCGCUCCACGGGGGCAGCCUCUACUACCACUCCGCCAGUCCGGGCCACUCUCAGCCGGUGAUGGGCCUGCCCUACAUGCCACCUAGUCAACCCUACAGGGCGCCCACCCCGCCACAAACCCCCACUCAAGCACAGACAUUAUGCAGUGUUGGUGCUCCGUUCAUGUAUCUCAAUGGAGGGGGAUACGGCUCGAUGUACAAUGGGGCGGCUCCUAACGGCUCUGUGCCCCCCAACAACCCCUACGGCCAGCAACAACCCUCGGGCACCCCCGGGCCGGGCCAGCUGGUGCCGUCCACUCUCAUCUCCAAUAUGGGCAUCUUCAGGUCCAACAUGCAGAUGAUGUCGAAUGUUCGGUCGAGCCCCCCGCCCCGAGCUACGCGGGAUGGCGUUUGCAACAAGCCGGUUUACAUGGCCCGGUCGUCGGGCAAUUGCAAGGAUCGUCCCGGCGGCGGUCAUCACUACGACACUUGCAGCACGGCUGAUAAGAUGCCUCGCUACGCUCCCAUGCCUAUGAUUGGGUUUCGUCUCCUCCCAGGUCCGCCCCUCCAGCAGUCUCUGCCGUGCUCGUCUCCAGCGCUGCGCAUUCCCUUCCCCCUCCAGCAGCACCUUCGAGGGCAGCACCAGCCGGGCCCCUACCACUCCCCCGGCCCCGACAUCACCUUGGGCAGGCCGCCCAAACCAAAAAAUAAGAGGUCCAAAAUGGUGGCAACACCACCCGGCAAUCCUGGAGCUAGACCGCAGUCCAUCGGGACCUCCGCUCAGUCACCACCAGCCACACAAACGACAGCCAAAGACUCUUCUGUGAGAAUCAACGGAGGACUUGCAGAAGAAGGUCUGGUGCAGUACCUGCCGAAGGAAAGCAACAGCUCUGACAUCUGCUGCUCUACAGGACUUACUAAUUGAUGGCACCAUCUCUUGCCUAAUGUUUGCACUGCCUUGCAUUUGUACUUUCACCAGACAGAAUACCAGUUAAAAUUAGUCAACUGAUACUUAAUGAUACUUCAUAAUGUACCCAAAAAAAAAAACCUUUAAAUUUGUUUUUGGCAGUGGUUAUUUUAUGGAAGGAUCAAAAAAAUUUAAAAGAAAAACUCUUUACUGUUAAUUACUACCCAUUUACAUUUAAUUUAAAUUUGCCUUUGCUUUUUAUGACGUGAGCAUUCAAGUGUGUUUAACUAAUUAUUAUUUAAAUGCACAACUUGAUAUGUUUCCAUCGCAAAUAUAUUUUUGUUGCAUGCAUGUUACUGAAAAUUCAUUAAUAGAACUUCUGGAGCUUAAAUGAAAGCAUAGCUCAUCCUUAUGGUUUUGUCUAAGCUUAACAAUUUUCAGAUAGCUGCCAUAUUGAAGUAUAUUUAGAUUGCUAAGAAAUGUGAGUAGAAUGCCAAUCCAAAGAAAAGGAAAGACAGCAUAGAAGUUGAAUUCCAAUCAUUAAUUGUUUGUAAAAAAAUUUUUCUAGUCAUAUUUUCUGCAUAAGUUUACACAUUAGUAUCUGAAUAGGUACAAGUGUAAGGUAAGGCACGUUGAAUGUCUGUGAAGGUCCAGUUUUUUACAUUUUUAUCCAUAAAUUUAUUGUCUUCCAUCAUUACACUUCUCUUAAGUUGUGUCUCAGACUUUGUAUAUCUGGUGUUAGUCUCAUUUUCGUCAGGAUCUGAUAUACUUUUUUAGAUAACAUCUUUUCUCUUUACAAAUUCUUUUUUUAAUGCUGAAAUUUUGUUACAUGCUUUACAUUCAAAGAUAACUUAAUUAAGUCAGUGUUUAAUUGCAUGAAGAAUACAGAAAGCAGGAUUAUUCUUAAAAAAUUAUGCUAAUGCUUUACAUGAACAGUUAUUAUGCUGUAAUUCACAUGUAACAGUAGCUGGUAGACACUGCAGAAAAUAUGUCUAGUAUAAUUUGCUAAUUAAGCUGCAGUAACAUAGAAGUCCUGACUUAGCAAUGUAAACAGAACUAGUCAUGCAAGACUGAUAGCGGCCAUGCUGUUUUCCGUGGUGGAUGCAACAUUAUGUUUACAGUCUUUGUUGUCUGUGGCGUAAAAAUGGUUCUUAUUCAUCCUGUCAAGUAAAACAGUAUGUAACACUUGUGAUGUUUCUUUUGAUCUCCUUUGGAUUUUUAGUGUUGUAGAGAAUCAUCUGUAUGUUCAUGUAGUUACUUUAAAUGUACUUUAAGAACACAAUGAAAUGUUGGCAACGAUACCAGAAUUGUACCAUUUGCUGUGAAGCUGAAACUACUGGGCCUUUAAUGUAGCUGAUAGUGUUGUACCAGUUUCUUAAAUUGCUGGGUUGAUUUUACCCCCUUUACUGCUACAGUUUUUAUAUUGCUAGACAAAUAUGAUUGUACAAAAAUUAAUUCUUGUAUAAAUUUUUUUUAGUUAUGUACUAUAACAUUGAAAUUUUAUAUAGUUCUCUGGUUUUCAAAAAAACAAUUAUUACACACCCUGUGUACUUUUAAAAGCACUCCAUUUUGUGGAGUCAAUUACCAAUAUGUUAUAUUCAAUAUUUAAAAGUUUAUUAAAAGCAACAGAAUUGCUUUUUUUUUAUUUGUAACAUAAGAGUGAUGAUAAUUGCUGUGGUUUAGCUUGCAUUGUUAAUUCAUUUGUGAGCAACAUGGAUCCACAUGUCCAUACUUAAUUACUUUGAAAUUGGUGUAUCACUAUUGGCUACAGCUUUACAUAGUACCAGGUAAUUUCUAGGAAAGUGGACAUUCAGAUACAAUAAAUAAGAAGUAACCCGAAUAUUAAGAAAUUUACGUAUGUAGGUAAUGUGACUGUGACCAAGUAGUUUUGUUUACAGAUGUCACAGUGGUACAAACACAACAUACUCGAUUUGAUCUUGGCUUGAAAAAAAAACCUUAUAAUAAUAUGUAUAUGUUUUUUCACCCUUAAAUUAUUAAUCAAUUAUAAAUGUGAAUUAUAUUUAAAGAAAUGUAAAUUUCCACAUAUCAUUCUAAUAAUUUGUACUAGAUAUUAUGUUAAAAAAACUGAGUGUGAAGUAUUUGUUGCUAGAAAAUGAUUUUUAUAGUUGUAAAAUGUUUCUACAAUAAAUCUUACAAAAGAUACAGAUACUCCCAAGAAAAAUCUUAUCAAUUGUGUUUGUACCACCAUCAGAUUUUGAGUAAUUACAGGAUUCAGUGUUGGCUGACUUGUGCAGACUUGUUAUAUGUUGUGCAGGUUGGGUGAAAGAAUUUCUGUAGAUAACAAAGCAGAGCAUAAUUUUUUUUUUUUUUUUCAUAAGUGAACAAUCUGCAAAGGGGAAGUAUAGAACAUGUUAAUUGACCAUGUUAUUCUUAGAGGUACAAACUCGCAUGUUGAUCGAAUGAAACUGCUUUUUCACGAGUUAAUACUUCAAUUAAAGAAUUUUUAUUGUACUGUUAUUUCGUAAGUGUAAAUAAAUAUAUAUAACUAUAAAUGA